AUGGCGUAUCGACGCAAAAAGUUCUUUGGAAAACGCACAGAAGCCGGCCACGUGGCCCGCACGCCGUCACAGCUGCAGGAGGUGUACUCGGACGACGACGACGGCGAGGGUGAAGAUGUGGAGAUGUGGGACCAGCCCGAGGUCAAGGAUACACACAACGCCGAUUCCGGAUCGCCAGCGUCGCCAGCCGCCGCAAUGCCUCCACGAAUGAGCGACUCUCUGUACCAGGAGACCAAGGCCGAGGCCGAGGCUUCUGCUGGCCCGCAGGGUGCUCCAGGUGACCUGUACUCGCUGAUCCGCACGUUCCCGCUGUUCAAAAUGGCCCCCAACGCCUUUGUUAUUGCCGUGUCGGCCAAGCUGCGCAUCCAGCAGGUGUCGCCACAGGAGUACAUUGUCACACAGGGCGACGAGGCCAAGGCCAUGUACUGGAUCCUCAAGGGCCAGGUCAAUGUGACGAGCAGAGAUGGAGAGAGUGUUUAUGCCGAGCUGGAGGCUGGCUCGUUUUUCGGCGAGAUUGGAAUUCUGUUUGAUCGACCGCGAACGGCAACGGUUUUAGCAUCGACAAAGUGCGUGUUGGCGGUUCUCAAAGGCGACAGUCUCAAUGACAUCCUGCCAAAAUUUCCAGCAAUGGAACGAGCUAUCAGAGACGAGGCCCAGGAGCGUCUGGCCAUCAUCGAAAAAACGAAAAUCAACCAGCGUAAGUCCCUUUUGACUGGAAUGGUGUCGCCCACUACGUCAAUCCGAAACCUCCUACACGAAAUGCCGUUGUUCCGACACAUUCCAGAAACAAUAGUGCAUAAGCUGGCGCUGGCAGUAGAGCCUCGCACUUAUGAGCCGUUCCAGUACAUCAUUAAGCAGGACACAAUUGGCCAGGAGAUUUACUUUCUGACCAGCGGCAUCGUGGAGGUCAUUGACGAGCGGGAAAUUGGCACGGCGGCACACAUCAUUGCCCGGUUGACCAAGGGGUCGUACUUUGGAGAAAUGGCGUUCCUGAGCUCUAAUCCCGUACGAACCGCGUCCAUUCGAUCAAUCAGCAUGGUGGAGUGUCUGGUUCUGACUACAGACACGCUGGAGUCGCUGUGUUCUCAGUACCCCGAUAUUCAACAACAUAUCGAGCAAACAGCCUCGGCUCGAAUAGAGCAAUAUCACCGGGACCCAAAAACACAUGACAUUAUUAACAAUACUACAACAGAUACACAAUCAGCUGGAGCUGGACCAGCUUUACCUGUCGAUAUGACUAGACGCCGCUCAGUGGCUGAUUUUGGCGGUAAGAAGAACUACAGCUUGUUCACCGUCAGUCGAGGAGGAGCUACCUUCUUUAGUGAGCCCAAGGAUUACCAUAUUUCUCUUCCAGGAGCAGAAAACACGACAGUGUCGCCUAUGACAAGUAACCAUUCUCAUACUAGACGAUACAGCACAGGCACGGUUUUCGAGCCUGUCAUUUCCCGUGAUGGUCGAGUCGUCUUUUCCAACUCGUGGGAAUCUAACUCGGGCGUGUCUGAAGAGGCACCCUUGUCUCUGGGCAAUUAUCAGAUGGCUCAGCCUCGGAAAUGUCUUUCCGCAGGAAGCAGUGGUGCUACCUCUCCUUCCAAACGGCCUGCCUUUGACAAUCGAGAUGACGAACCACUUGGAAAAGAUAAACGGGAAAUGUCUCCUCGAGAUUCUUCUCCCUCUUCACCUGGUGCAGCUCCUCUGGCUAGAUCUUCGUCUACUGGAGCUAGUGUUAAGACGAUUUCCCCCCAGCGAUACUCGUCGUUCCUCUUGCAUCCUCGGCUCAAGAAGCAAAAGACAUUUCAGCGACGAAAGUCGUCGCUGUUUAACGUCGGCCCCUUCUCCGAUGCCAUCCAGGUUAAAAUAUUUGCAUAUCUUGAUCUUCCUGACCUGAUGGUGCUACAGAGAGUAUGUCAGCACUGGCGGCAGUUGCUUCUCACGUGUCCUCUCCCUGAGCUGGAUCUUAAGCCCUACAAUAGAUCCAUUGAUGAUACAUCCAUCGUUUCAAUCGUCAACUUUGUGGGCGCUCGACCAAAGCUGGUAGACAUUAGCUCCUGUUUCCACCUGACUGAUGACGGUUUCUCCUACCUGGUCAACGGCAUCGGACUGGCAAAGAUCCGGGUCUUCAAAAUGACUUCAGUUUGGGAGGUGUCAGGCAUGGCCAUCAUGGAUCUCACUGUGCCUUCAAUUGGAGCUGAUCUAGAAGAAGUGGAUCUUUCCAACUGCCGUAAAGUGGGAGAUUCGACUCUAGCACGACUAGUGGGAUGGGUUCAAGAAGAGGGCGGAGAAAACAGCGGAGAUAGAGAGACGUCACCUUCGUCUUCGGUGGUCGGAUGUCCCAAGCUGAAACGCAUCACCAUUAGCUACUGCAAACACAUCACCGACCGAAGCAUGCACCAUAUGGCUGUGUAUGCAGCUGAUCGGCUGGAGAUGCUCAAUCUCACCCGAUGUACUACAAUCACCGACCAUGGGUUCGGAUACUGGAACAUCAGGCCCUUUACACGACUCAGGGAGCUGGUUUUGGCGGACUGCACAUUUCUGUCCGACAAGGCCAUCAUUUCUAUUGUUGGCGCUGCGAAGAAUCUCGAGUUCUUGGACCUAUCAUUCUGCUGUGCGCUGUCAGACGUAUCUGUGGAGGUUCUUUCUCUGGGAUGUCCGUCACUCAAGAGUCUGAAUCUGUCCUUCUGUGGCUCGGCCGUGUCCGAUGCUAAUCUUCGGGCGGUGGCCAUGCAUCUUUUGGACCUGGAGCAUCUGAGUGUGCGAGGUUGUGUUCGAGUGACUGCGGUUGGAGUGGAUACAAUUCUUGCGGGGUGUCUGAAGCUCAAGACGCUGGACAUUACCCAGUGCAAAAAUGCUGGUGGUUGGAACCAGGGCGAUAGCAAGGUGGUUGUCAAGACUACCUGA